CUAUAUCUUUGAUUUUUCCAUCUGUAUAAUACAGAUUUCUUUAUCUUUUAUUGGUGAAAGAAGAUGAUUGGGAUGGGCAGAAUGCUAAAAUUUACAUUUACAAUAUUUAAUAUGAUGUAUAAAAAUUAAACUAGUGAUCAUGCUGAUAGUACCUUUUUCUUUCUGUUUUCUAGAUGCAGCAGUUGUUUCAUGAAAACUACGAACACAACCGGAAGGGUUAUAUACAGGAUCUUCACAAUAGCAAAAUUCACACUGCAAUUACACUUCAUCCAAAUAAAAGACCAGCCUAUCAGUACAGGCUUCACAAUUACAUAUUGACCCGUAAAAUUUCAGAAUUGCGUUACCGUACCAUCCAGCUUCACAGGGAGAGUGCUCUCAUGAGCAAACUCAGUAAUGAUGAAAUGAGCAAAGAUGAUCAACUUCUAGGAAUGAUGCCAUCUUUCAACCGUUUUCAGCCACACGAUAGGAAUGAGGUGAUUGAAUGGGACUUUCUGACAGGAAAGCUCCUUUACUCUGUGGCUGAGAACCAGCCACCUAGACAGAGCAUAAAUAGUAUCCUCCGGGCAGCAUUGGAUGACACUAUUAUGCAGGUAAUGGAAAUAAUCAAUGAAAACUCCAAAUCUAGGGGAAGGCUUAUUGACUUCAAUGAAAUACAGUAUGGGUACCGCAGGGUCGACCCUUUGCAUGGUGUGGAAUACAUUCUGGAUUUGCUUCUUUUAUAUAAAAGGCACAAAGGAAGAAAAGUUACUGUUCCAGUUCGACGGCAUGCCUACCUUCAACAAUUAUUUAGUAAACCAUUUUUCAAGGAGGAGGAAGAACUGAAUGUAAGAAGCCUUGUAGAAAAUGUAAAUGGUGACACACCGUCUUUCUCCUUUCUUUCCAACUCCCUGAAGAUUUUUUCAUCAUUCCAAGGCACCAAAGAAAUUGGAGGAGGCAGUGACAAGAAGAUUCACAUUCUUGUCCCUCUCACGGGGAGGUACGAUAUUUUCCUAAGAUUUAUGGAAAAUUUUGAAAAGACUUGUCUUAUGUCUAAGCAAAACGUAAAGCUGGCAGUCAUUCUUUUUAACUCUGAUUCUGGUCAGGAUUCCAGCAAACACACAGAGCUGAUCAAUGAAUACCAUAAAAAGUAUCCUAUGGCAGACAUGACUGUUAUUCCUAUGACAGGAGCUUUCUCUAGAGGUUUGGGACUUGAAACAGCCUCCUCCCAGUUUGAUAAUAACACUUUGCUGCUAUUCUGUGAUGUUGAUCUGAUAUUUACUCCCGAUUUUCUUCAGCGAUGUAGAGCGAACACCAUUCAAGGACAACAAGUUUAUUAUCCUAUUAUUUUCAGCCAGUAUGACCCCAAAAUAACAUAUGGAGGCAACCCUCCAGUGGACAGUAACUUCGUUUUCACAAAGAAAACUGGGUUUUGGAGGGACUAUGGGUUUGGGAUUACUUGCAUUUACAAAAGUGACCUUGUGAGUGCUGGUGGAUUCGAUACCUCAAUUCAAGGCUGGGGACUUGAGGAUGUAGACCUUUUUACUAAAGUAAUAACUUCUGGAUUGAAGGCAUUCAGAAGCCAAGAAGUGGGUGUUGUACAUGUUUUCCAUCCAGUUCAUUGUGAUCCCAACCUAGAUCCUAGACAAUACAAGAUGUGCUUGGGGUCCAAAGCAAGUACAGUCGCCUCUGCCAUGCAACUAGCUGAAAUAUGGCUAGAAAAACAUUUAGGAGUCAGGUAUAAUCGAACUCUGUCCUGACACUCUAACUUACUCUGCCUUCUUAGGGGAGUUUACCUCAUUACUUUUUCCUUCCAUUGUUGCAUUCUUAAACUCCUCCUUGUCUUCCAAAGGAUGUGUCUUUGACCUCGAAUGAACAGAGUCUGCUGUCAGGAACAUGACAGAUUCCUACUGAACUGAUUAGUUGUGGUGUCUUUCUUUUCUCUUUGAUCUAUAAACUGAGUGAAACCAUGGCAAUCAAACAGUCCCUCGGAGCACAUCCAUCAUGAGGACUGCAUCAGAAGUAUGUUCUCUCCGAGCUUUAGGAUGCAAUAUCAAUCUUGAUUGUGUCUGUCAAACUUAAUGUGAUACAAUUUUUUUUUCUGCUGAAGGUACCACAAAAGUGCUUUAUGCUUCCUCUGGGAAAGAGACUCAGACAAACUUGAGUUUUAUAAUUUAUAUGAGAACUGAAAUAAACAAUAUUAUCUUCAUCUUUAUAAUUUUUAAGUAAACAAAUAACUGACUGUCUCUAUUAAAGAAGAGGGGGAAACACAAAAGUUGAGGGUUUUCUUUCUAAGUGCAAUGGUACUGGCUACCAAGAACCUUUAAAAUUAUUAAAAUGACCUCGUCAUUACUGUCCGCUCUAGAUGCAAUUGGGCUGUGUUUUAUCAAGGAAAAAUGACUUCAAUAGCAUAUGUUGAAAAGGUUUCUGAACCAAUGUCCUUCAUUUGCUGGCAAAAAGAAAAACGUGAUAUAAUGGUUAUUUAUAAUAAACCUAAAGACAUACCAUAUUUUUUUUCAAAAGAGAAAAAUAUGUUGCUUUGUCUCUGUUGUUUAGAAUGAGUCUCUAAUAUAUAAAUAAUUUUCUAUUUUAUUCCUUUCAUAAGACUGCACUUGAUACUAAGGGAAAUAAAAGGGUACUUAAUAUUGUCUUUUUAUAAUUGUGAAUUAAUAUUGAUAUUCUAAACCAAUCAUUGUUAAACUUAAAAAAUGUAAUUAUUUAACUAUGAAAUGACUAUUGCUGGUCAAAGUUCUUGCCAAUAUAUUUAUAUUAGUGAAGAUUUAUAGGCAAUUGAAUUGUUAAGACUUCUCUCUGUUUAGAGUCCAAAAAUGUCAUUAAGUGUAUUGGUGGAAUAUUGAAAGGAAAAUCAACAUUAGAAAUUAAGAUGUUUAGUUUGUUUCCAAGUGUGUGUGUGCGCGCGCACAUGUGGUAAAAGGGAAGGCAUAGACAUUUCAAACCAUAAGCACAUUAUAGUACAAGUAGUAAUUUCUUUCCCAAGUUCCAUUUAAUUGCAUUUUGACCUACCAGUAGAAUAUUUUAUAGGAAAAUGAUGCAAAAGAAUUCAGAGGACAUAUCCAAAAAGUAGAAAUUCAGAUAAAUAUUUAACAGAAUUCAAUUGACAUCGGAGUAUGUGGCAGGAAAAGCUGAGCAAAUACAUUUGUGGGUUGUUAAGGAAAGAAAAUCUUAUGCUAUGUGUUCACAUUCAUCAUAUGUAUCUCUUUUGGGUAUGAUAGUCUCUGAAUAUAUUUCCAUGAGCUUCCAGGAGACAGUGCAUCAGCCUUGAAUCAGCUCAUAGGACUUGAAGGCAGAAGAAUCCCUUAGGCAUUAAACUCGCCUUCUGCUCAAAAUUAGUUUAGAAAUGGCAGAACUAAAACACCUCCCUGACCAUCAUAUAACAGAAUUUAGAUUUCAUUAAGCCAGUAUAACCUGUAAGCAAAGAGCUAUCUUGCAAUCAAGGUGAAACUCGUGGUAGAGGGCAUUGAUGGGGAAAGGUUUGAAAGGAAAAACAGGAUUGUUUCCCCUUCUGAACAAUAAAAUGAGAUUACUGAAGUGUUCCCUGCCAUACUUUAAACAACCUUCUAAAGUCAUAUGAGCCCCAUUUGCCAAUAUUUUUUUUCCCUGUAUGUGAUUUCUACCUUCCCCCUUCAUUUAUAAAAACGUUUCUGUUUACUGUACUACACGUGCAUGUUCAGAGUCCACAGCCAUUUGGGCACGUGUAAAUUCCAUCAAAAGUACAGCGUGUGCUAUUUCCACACCCAUUAGACCUUUCUCCCUGAGUAGCACCAAAUACUAGCAGUUCCUGUAUUUUUAAGUCUUGUGACUAGGCAUAGCAUUUUAUUGCCCUGUAUUAUGUUAUCCUGCCAAGCACAACCAAGGUUUGAAAUUCAUAAACUUUGCCAUCUAAAGAUGAUUUUUAAACAUGUCAUUUAACUGUGUACAGGAUUUAUAGAAAUUAAGCUGUCACUGGUAAUUUCAGCAGAAGAAACACCUGAAUUUUUGUCUUAACUGCUCCUUGAUACAACUGAUAAACAUCUGUGCUUGCCCUUGAACUAAAUUAGCACUGUUUGCUCAGACUACAGAAGAGAACACAGAUUGAACUUGAUGACUGCGGAGGGAAUUCUGUGUAUAGAGGACUUGCCGGAUCGGGUCCUAUGUGAGAAAAAAAAUGUUAGUUCUUACUAUUUAGAGAUAUUUAUUUAGUGUAUGACCAAUUCAUUUGUUUAUAUGAUGGAUUACUUUGUUACAAACAGGAUUAUAAAUGUUUGUUAUAAAAUAUUGCAUUGUCUUUGGAAUAACUGUUCUCACAUAAACUGUGUUAGCUAAUUUGUGGUACGAGAUCCCUUCUAAUGAGGCCAUAGUCACAGUGGGGUUUUGCCAUGCUGAAGCCCUGUUGAGCUGAGGACAUGUGCAAAAAGAUUCACAACUGUUGUUCUCAGCUGAGGUUCCUGGUGAACUACAGAUGGACUCCUGAUCAAUUGUGCUGAGUAUUAAAAAACACAAAAACAUUUUAUUUGUGACUGUAUGUAGCAAAAUAGCAUUUCUUUUAUAUAUGCCCCCUUUCAUCUAAACUUACAUUCAAGCAUCAUUGUUUAUGUUUCUAAAGAUCAGUGAUCUUUUGAUCAGUGACACUAUAAGUGCUAAUAGCCAAUUUAUCUAGACAUACUCGAGGUGAACCAAAGUGGUUUCUUACAUUAAUUUAUAUUUGAAAAGUGAAGUAGUUUUGCCUUUGCUGAAUGCCAGAUAAUUUUCAUGGCUGUUUAAGUAGCAGUAUGUCUAACAAAGGAUGGAGUGAUAUUUUAAAAUUGCUCUUCAACAACCAUACAUGCAUCAAGAACGUUGAAGUUAGUCAACCAUAUUAAUUUCAACUAUCCAGUACAGUGCAGAAAUUAUACAAGAGACACAAUGGUGGAACAAAAGUGUUUUCUUCUCUUUUUGGAAUAUGACAACUAAGACGCACUGUAUUGUGCAACUUGAUGUUCUAUUUCAAGGCAGUGGCCAUAAAUAGCUGCAUAUAAAAAAGAGGGUGACCCCCGUAUACAUCUUCAUCUCAUUGCUUUUGGGUUACAGAUACCUGUCCAGAUACACGCCCCUGAAAGCAGUGAAUAUGUUUUUAAGAUUAAAAUACUAAAACUUGUCAGGAUAAGGGUUGAUUUUCUUUUCUUCUGCUUUUCAAGGUUCUGUGUGCCUCAUACUGUCCUUUCUUUCUAACCAGUUAAUAUUAUAUGUAUAUUUCAUGAAUACAAGCCUCCUCACUCUCCCCUCCAAAAUAGGCACAUGUUUAUCUAAAGGGUUUAGAAAGAGCGGACAAAAUGGGGAAAUCCACAUCAUUUAAAAUGUUUUCCUUUGGAUACUUUCAAGGUUUCACAAGUUGUAAAAAAAUAAUAUUUUCCCACACAUUUUUGAACUGUUUGAUGCCAUUGUUUUGUACUUUUAAAAACUACUUUCCCCUUUAAUUCUUCUUAAGUUUCUCCUCCACUAUGUUACAACAGCCAGUCAGGGGUCAUAUUGGACAUAGCAUGGAGCCAUGCAGCCAAUCAAAGUUGACUACACGGUGAUUUCAGUGAUGGCAAACUAAGCUGCAUUGCCUCAACACUGAAUUGCUGGUCCAGUUCUGAUUGCAUCAAAGAACAUCCAUACUUGGCUACCUACUUCAACAUUUAUCCAAUAAAAAAAUUGAGGUGAAGUCCAUUUUUGUCAUUACAGUGUGUUGUUUUCAUCAUUAAACAUGGCAAACCCAGUUCUUGUCUUUCCAAUGUUUGAAGUCAACUGGCCUGAUCAGUUUGUCCCUGUGAAUGCACUAGCACCCUUGUGAAGGCUUUUCUCUGACAAAUAAAAAAAAAACCCUUUCCAGAUUUUUGGUCUCCAAGAAAACAUUUAUGUAAUCCACACAUAGCUCAGCACAGCCUCAGUUCAAAUUGCAAGAUAGAUGAUGCCAAAAUUAGCUCUUACAGCUAGUAUGUAACACGGUAAAUCCAUUUUCCUUUUCUUAACUGUAUCCAUAAAGGUGCAAUUG